AUGGCUAGUGAGACGGAUAUCCGACGCCAUGCAACCUUCAACGUGCCUCGGCCAUCCAACGACGAUGGCGACGACGACGAUUAUGAAGCUGCACCCUCUUCCUCGUCAGCAGCACAGCCCGUCGUUGCGGGAGACUCUUACUCAUUGUCUCAGCCGGAUACUCACCAAUCCGAGCCGCCCGAGCACAGUCCUGAGCCACCCACGUCCGAGUCUGAACGACAAAACAAACGCCGCCCGUUUUCCAUCCUGCGAUAUCGAAACGCCUCCGAUUCUCAGUUGUCUUUAAGAGCCAGGCAACAGGCUGAAGCACCGCCUCCUGUUCCACGGCCACCCGCCAUCAUUACAACUGCUCCUACCAACGAUAUCGCAGGCCCGAAAAAAGUGGCAUCACGUAUGAGUUUGGCCGCAAAGUUUCGCCGGUCCAAUGAUAUUGCCAGGAGCGGCAGACGUGAUGCCUCCAUAGACACCAUGCACAGGGGAAAUCACUUGGCUGAUGGUCGAGAUCUUGCGUCUAGCCGGGCGUCGGAUGAGCCAGUAUAUCGUCGGCCAUCAACUCAGGCGGCAGCAUUGCCCAAUGGUACCUCCCUUAAUGCAUUGGACAAUCGUCAAUCAGAAUCUUCCAGAUCUGAUGCCAGCUCUGGCGAUCACGUCUCCCGUUCAAGUCCGACCACAACCCCCAAGAAGCCUCCCUCUAGCACGCCAUUUUUCAAACUUCGCAAAUCCAAGAAGCCUCCAGAACCUUUGUUCCCUGUAGCUCACCUCCAACAAAAGAAUAUAGUCAAGGGCGAGAAUCUAUCGUCAGCCUCUCUUGGCACUGGCGUCACACCUCGCCCAGUGUCAUCGCAGAGCGCCACCCCUCGAGCUUCCAACGGCGAUGGAGAUGAAAUCCAUAUAACCCAAAGUUCUGCUGCUUCUGCUUUGUUUGUCCGGGGAAGUGGGCAACAUUCCGGUCAAUCAUCCCCUACGCGGACAAAUCUACUCAGGGGUCGGUCCUCUACCAUGAGUUCAAUGGGUAGAGACUCCACCGAUGACCACCUGUUACCUCCAACUACCCGUACAUCGACAUCUAUUGGCCGGAAGAGCUUCGGCGACUUGUUUGGGCUUGGUCGUAUCAGACAAAAUUCUGAACUCAGUCGCCAAGGGACACUGACACCCGCCACCCCUGGCUCAAUAACCUCCAAGAGCAACUCAUUGCAAUUGCCAAGAGAUUCGGUCAUCCUGCCAGAACGCCAAGGCAAUGAGUCCCCUGCGAAGUAUCUGGCUCGUCUGGAAGGUGUGGUAAGCCGAGGGGUCAUUGCAUCUGCCUUGUCAAAGGGAGCUGAUCCAUUUUCUGUUGCCGUGCUCCGAAGUUACAUGAGGAGCUUUAGUUUCUUCGGGGAUCCUAUGGAUAUGGCUAUUAGAAAGUUGCUGAUGGAGGCCGAGCUACCCAAGGAGACUCAGCAAAUUGAUCGAUGCUUGCAGGCGUUUGCUAACCGCUAUCACGAAUGCAAUCCCGGUAUCUACUCAUCUCCAGACCAAGCUUACUUUAUAGCAUUCUCACUUCUUAUAUUACACACGGAUGUAUUCAAUAAGAACAACAAGCACAAAAUGCAAAAGUCGGAUUAUUUGAAGAACACGCGGGGAGAGGGUAUAUUUGAUGAUAUCCUCGAGUGCUUCUACGAUAAUAUUUCAUACACUCCUUUCAUUCACGUUGAGGAUGACCUGGACUUGACGAACGACCGCAUGCAAAACAACAAGUCCAAAAAGAAGUUGCUUUCUGGGAAUGGCGCUGACCCGGCAAAGCGCGCUGCAAAGGAACCCAUUGACCCCUAUACGCUCAUUCUUGACGGCAAUUUAGAUGCGUUGCGGCCAAAUUUGAAGGAGGCCAUGCACUUGGAUGAUCAUUAUAAUUAUUUAGGGACUGCGCCUUCCUUUAAUCUGAAGGACCUGCAAAACACCUUUUUUAAAACCGGGGUCCUCCAGAUCGUGUCACCUAGAUCACGGCCAGACGCAUUCAUGUCGGAAAAGACGGCCACAAACCCCAAUGAUGCUCAUCCGGGAAUCGUGGAUAUCAAAGUCACCAAAGUUGGGUUGUUGUGGCGGAAGGAUGCCAAAAAGAGGAAGACACGAUCACCGUGGCAAGAAUGGGGCGCGAUUUUGACUGGAGCCCAAUUGUAUUUUUUCCGAAAUACAAGCUGGGUGAAGAAUCUAAUCCAUCAAUAUGAGGGCCAUCUCAAAGGUGGGCAUGAUGGUAUACCAAUUAUAUUCAAGCCUCCGCUUGAAGAGUUCAAACCAGAUGCUUUGAUGUCUACACAUGCCGCUGUGGCGCUCGUCGACACUGCAUACAAGAAACAUAAAAACGCAUUCUUAUAUGUUCGACAAGGUGGCUUAGAUGAAGUGCUUUUGGCAGACAGCGAGGAAGAACGCAAUGACUGGCUGGCCAAGCUCAACUACGCUGCUGCGUUCAGGACGUCGGGAAUUCGGAUGCGUGGUGUGGUGGGAGCCAACUUUGACGGUCAAGGUCGCCGGGGCAUGCGUCGUUUGGACAGCUCUGACGCGACACAACUAAUACAAACUCCCACUGGUCCUGUUUCAAUCGCACGGGGCUACAUUGAUCAUAAAAUGGCCGAAGAUAUACAGACGGCAAGACGCGAUGGCAUGCAACAAAAGAUUUGCGAGGCUGAUAAGAAAGUUGAAGAAGCUCAGAAAUUGUUGGAGGAACAGUUGAGGAAUGCAAGGCACCUCCAGAUUCUAGCACCAAUCCAGCCACGAACAAGGGAGCAGCUCUUGCUGGCCGCAGCCCGCAUGUCUGCACAGCUGAGGUGGACUCGUAUGGAGAUUUGGCGGGAAAAAUGUCACCGGGACAUUCUCGUUCAAGACCUUGCAGAUGACGAAGUCCCGUUGCUACAAUCUGCUUUGCAGUCAGAUUCACAGAGUGUUCCAUCCAUGCCACAGCCCCCAUUGACUCGGCUGGAGUCGAAAUCUAAACAUCAAACCGUUGACGAAAAAAGCCCCCAGACGCCCACAGAAAACUCAUUAUCUCAGAUUCCGAGUACUGUCAGUACCGGCAAAGUCAUCGACUCUCCGACCAAAACGAGCGUCCCCCAGACGCCUCCACAAUCUGCCGGUAAGGAGUCCUGGCAUGCGAAAUCCGACGCGAAAAGUAUGAGGCAAGGAUCUAUCUCAAGCAUUGCCGUAGCUGCAGCACAGCCCUCAACCCCAACACCUCACGCCAAAGCCUUUCAGGAUGAGGACAUCGCCAGCUCGUCAAGAACGUCGGAUACUGGCCAAGAUGAUGUGGAUGCCGACGAACGGGACUUCUUGAAGCAAGCCGGGCUGUGGGAGGCAAAAUCAAGACGUGCCUCUUUAGAAAGGACACCCAUGUCUACAGUUACAGAAGGCAAUGAGUACUCGGUUACGACAGAUCGAGAUAAAUUAGAAAGAAGCAAGAUUAGAAGAAGCUUGCAGCGGACUCUUAGGGAGAGUGCAGGUCACCUUUCACAUCAUCGCAGCAAGAGGGGCAGAGACACAGGUCCGCCAGUUGUUGGUUCUGUGGAUGAUGGGACCCGGGAAACGACCCUGUCCCGUGGAACUGGUAGCUUUGUUGUUCAUGGUAAAAAGGCCUCAGUGAUCAAUCUGGGCACAGAGCUGCAGACAUUGUCUCAAGAAGACAAGAUUAUGUCACGGAAACAACACCAGUCAUUGCAGCAAGACCAGCAAGACCAACCAGCUACCCCUUUACUGGGCAGUGACAGCCUUGAUGACGAUUUCCACUCUGCACUCGAAACACCAUCCGAGUCGAACGGCACAAGUAGCAGAAGGAACUCGGUCGCUAGUACAAGCACUGCCACCGCUCGUAGUUUUAGAGAUCUUCACAGGAAAUAUUCAUCAGCACAAGCAGCUAGGAGCGUUUCCGGUGGAAGGCUUGCAAUCCCAUCGGAUGGUGAAAGUGAAGUCGGCCCUAGCAUCCGCGACGGCAGAAAAUCACCCCAAAUGGCAUCAGGAACGCGACUAGAGGACCUGGAGGCAGGUGCAUAUUCACAAGUGAGUGAAAGUGUGACUGAGGACAAGAAGCUGGAUGGAGAAGUUUGUGAAAGUGAUGAGUCGUGUAGUAAUGACGAAGACACACGACUUGAGCCUGAAACCCUAACAACUCAACCGAUACAGGUUGUGAGAGUCUAA